UGCGGAGAAGCCGCGAGCGGCGCGGCGGCGGCGGCGAUGAGUGCGUCUGCGGCCACCGGGGUCUUCGUGCUGUCCCUCUCGGCCAUCCCGGUCACCUACGUCUUCAACCACCUGGCGGCCCAGCGCGACUCCUGGACAAUUGUAGGGGUGGCUGCCUUCAUCCUGCUGCUGGUGGCCUUGCUGGCCCGGGUCCUUGUCAAAAGAAAACCGCCCAGGGACCCGCUGUUCUAUGUGUACGCGGUUUUCGGAUUUACGAGCGUGGUGAACCUCAUCAUCGGGCUGGAGCAAGAUGGGAUCAUUGACGGCUUCAUGACCUACUACCUGAGAGAGGGUGAACCCUACCUGAACACCGCCUACGGCCACAUGAUCUGCUACUGGGACGGCUCCGCGCAUUACCUGAUGUACCUCGUGAUGGUGGCGGCCAUAGCCUGGGAGGAAAGUUACAGAACCGUCGGCCUCUACUGGGUUGGAUCCAUUAUAAUGAGCAUUGUUGUCUUCGUGCCUGGGAACAUUGUAGGGAAGUAUGGAACACGAAUUUGCCCAGCUUUCUUCUUAAGCAUACCAUACACGUGUCUUCCUGUCUGGGCUGGUUUCAGAAUUUAUAAUCAGCCGGCAGAACCUUGUAAUUAUCCCUCAAAGGUUGUGCAAGAAGCUCAAGCCAAGGACCUGCUGAGACGCCCGUUUGAUUUCGUGCUGGUCCUGUGGCUCCUGCUGGCCACCGGGUUCUGCCUGUUCCGAGGCCUGAUUGCGUUGGAUUGCCCCGCGGAGCUCUGUCGACUCUACGCCCAGUUCCAAGAGCCCUACAUCAAGGAUCCUGCUGCUUACCCUAAGAUUCAGGUCAAGAUGCUGGCGUCCAUGUUCUACUCCGUCCCCUACUUCGUGACCGCGCUGUACGGCUUGGUGGUGCCUGGGUGCUCCUGGAUGCCGGACAUCACGCUGAUACACGCGGGAGGUGUCGCUCAGGCUCAGUUUUCUCACGUGGGUGCUUCCCUCCAUGCUAGAACUGCCUAUGUCUACAGAGUCCCUGAAGAAGCGAAAGGCCUUUUUUUAGCAUUGAACAUAGCAUAUGGAGUCCUGCCUCAGCUCCUGGCCUAUCGUUGUAUCUACAAACCAGAGUUCUUCAUAAAAACAAAGGGGGAUGAAAAAGUGGAGUAAAAAUAGGACUUCAUGUUCUCCCUCUCCACGUUCCUGGUUUUUGUCGCACUGGUACUGGUAUUUUGUCCCACUGUACUCCCUUUUCAUUCAUGAAUACUUAAGAAUAAAUUCUUGCUCUGUACUGUAUGUGUGAACUGUAACAUGGGAUUUUGUAAGUAAACUUUUCCUUGAAGGGAAAUUCAAGUUGUUGAGAAAGUUUGUUUAAAUAUAUUCAAAGUUAUUUGUGAAUAAACUUGGCCAUUUAUCUCAAUGUUCUGUUUGCACAUAAGAAAUAGUUGUUAAGUAUGAAAAAUUGUAAUUUAAUCACCUACAAUAGUGAGCAUGAAAAUGAAACUACUCAAAACUGAAUACAGCCCACGCAUACUAAAAAAUCCAUAACAGGAAAUGAGGGUUGGGGCAAUAAUUGGUUACCAGACACAUGCGCCUUAUAUGGGCCUCAAUAUCACAGUCAAAUCAUCAGAAUGUUUCAUAAUGCUUGAAAAAUGUUUUCCCAAGGAAAUAUUCACUG